GCUCAGGUAGGGACCAUGUCCCCUGCCAUUGCUUUGGCCUUCCUGCCACUGGUGGUAACAUUGCUGGUGCGGUACCGGCACUACUUCCGAUUGCUGGUGCGCACGGUCUUGCUGCGGAGCCUCCGAGACUGCCUGUCAGGGCUGCGGAUCGAGGAGCGGGCCUUCAGCUACGUACUCACCCAUGCCCUGCCUGGUGACCCUGGCCACAUCCUCACCACUCUGGACCACUGGAGCAGCCACUGCGAGUACUUGAGCCAUAUGGGGCCUGUCAAAGGUCAGAUCCUGAUGCGGCUGGUGGAGGAGAAGGCCCCUGCUUGUGUGCUGGAAUUGGGAACCUACUGUGGAUACUCUACCCUGCUUAUUGCCCGAGCCCUGCCCCCUGGGGGUCGCCUUCUCACUGUGGAACGGGACCCACGCACAGCAGCAGUGGCUGAAAAACUCAUCCGCCUGGCUGGCUUUGAUGAGCGAAUGGUAGAACUCAUCGUGGGCAGCUCAGAGGAGGUGAUCCCAUGCUUACGUACCCAGCAUCAGCUGAAUCGGGCAGACCUGGUGCUCCUGGCACACCGGCCACGAUGUUACCUGAGGGACCUACAACUGCUGGAAGCCCAUGCACUACUGCCAGCAGGUGCCACUGUGCUGGCUGACCAUGUGCUCUUCCCUGGUGCACCCCGCUUCUUGCAAUAUGCUAAGAGCUGUGGCCAUUACCGCUGCCGCCUCUACCACACUGGCCUUCCAGACUUCCCUGCCAUUAAGGAUGGCAUAGCUCAGCUCACCUAUGCUGGACCAGGCUGAGAUCCAUGCCCAGGGGUACUUACUGAUGUCCACUCCCACUCCCAUUCCCACCCCCACCCAAGCAAGGACCUCAGAAUAUCUCCUCCCUUUCCUGUUUGGGCCCUGACACAUGCUGAGUUUAGGGCUGGGGAGGCUCUCGUCCCACCUCUGACCCCUUUCAGCCUCUACACUGACCUGAAGUGUCAGCUUCUAUCAGAUCACUUGGUCUCACUAGGCCCCCUCUUUCCAGAGAGAACCAUGGACUGACAGCAAGAAGCCUGAGCUCCCAACCCAGCUCUGUCACUGAUUUGCUGAGUGACUCCAAGGGAAUCCUUGCCUUGCUCUAAGAUUUAAUCUUCUCUCUUAGAUUUAAUACUAAGGAAGCUGGCUGGGAG